AUGGCGAAGUCUAACGAAAGUUGUAUCGACACCAUGGCGGAGCCGGUCAGUGCGAUGCCUGAGAAAUGGGUUAACACCGCAACGAGCGAAACUUUUUAUUACGUUGGUGUAAGAGGAUCGCCGUACGCAACCGAAUCAUCCGUUUUCGAAUUAUCUCCGGACGAACUCUUGGCGCUUACCAAACGUUUUCAAAGCUCUGCUUCGACGGUGGUCAAUGGCGCACUGAUCAAAGGACGACCCUUUUCGGUUAUCAAUGCUCUAGCCGAAUUGGGCUAUCGAGUUAUUUGUAGUACCGGGGAAGCUGAAAUUCUUUGGACGCUGCAACGAGAGGUUUAACUUUUCUAAAGGAUUGUACUUGUAGUAAUGAAUAUGCACAUAUAUAAAGAUAUAGACCAGUAUUUUGUGCGUAACAUGUAACAUUAAUCUGCGCAAUCAUCAAAGAGGAUCCUAGAACAAUUGUCUAAUCCCUUAUUUUAUGGACUAAUGGAUGAUCGUUCGCUUUUUAUUUUUUACGUUUGCCGGUUGUUAGUCUCUAGCGAUAUGUCGUUAUAAGCAUUAGGUGAUAAAUGCGUACGGACCAAAUAUAACGAAUCGUUAUUUGUAAAAAAAUACAUUCGAUUAGUAACUAUUUUUUAGCAACUACUUUAGUCAUUAUUUUAUUGGAUUGUACAAGGAUAGAUACUUUUUAUACAUUUUCUUAUGAAAAGAAAGAAAGAAAAAAACAUUGCAGAGUUUAGCCUAUUUUCAUAAUUCGAUAAAUAUACAGAAUGGAAUCGUUAAACGACCGUACAACGAUGCCUAUGCAUGAUAUUGCAACGUAAAAAGAAUAUUAUGUUGAACGUUAUGCAGUGUUUUAGGCAAUUUCAAUCGAACCCGAGCAUAACGCUCGACGCGUUUCCCAAUGAAAUUAGCAACUUAGAAAGAGAAGCUAUCCGAAUUUUUCUACACGAUUAGCGGCCCAGCAUUUUACAUUUUUUAGAUCGUAUCAAUAGGAGAACAAGGCGAACAUUCAUUCAAAAGAA